AGCAGCCAGUGAGGAGGGGGCUGUAAGGAGUAAAUUACCACGGGGGGCAGGAUUUACAUUUCAUUACAAUAAACACAUUUUUAAGUAUAUAAAAAAAAUCACAUUAUUUUUUUGUUACACGAAUGCUUGUUUAAACAAGACUCUCGGGUGAACUGUAAGGCAGACAGCGGCGUCUCUCCGUGGCGUUUGGAUCUCGGCAGGCGUGGAAAGGGAAGGAGUGCGUUUUUGUUGGGCGCCUCUCGCCGUCAUCGUUGUCCGGCCUGCUGGGAGUCGAAGCCGGGAGCUGGAGUGUGCAGAAAGGGGCGCUCACCAUGGCGGUAAACCUGGACAAAGAGGCCUACUACCGCCGGAUCAAGAGGCUCUACGGCAACUGGAAGAAAGGAGACGAGGACUUCGGGAAGGUCGACGCCAUCGUGGUCUCGGUGGGAGUGGACGAGGAAAUCGUGUACGCCAAGUCCACAGCCAUACAGACCUGGCUGUUCGGCUACGAGCUGACCGACACCAUCAUGGUGUUCUGCGAGACCAAAAUCCUCUUCCUCGCCAGCAAGAAGAAGGUGGACUUCCUCAGGCAGGUGGCCAUCACUAAGGGCAACGAGAACGCCAACGGCGUGCCGCCCAUCACGCUGCUCACCAGAGAGAAGAACGAAAGCAACAAGGCCAACUUUGACAAGAUGAUCGAGGCCAUCAAGGGCAGCAAGGAGGGAAAGACGAUAGGCGUGUUCAGCAAGGACAAGUUUCCCGGCGACUACAUGAAGAGCUGGAACGACGCGCUGUCCGCCGAGGGACUGGCCAGAGUGGACAUCAGCGCCGUGGUGGCCUACACGAUGGCGGUGAAGGAGGACGGCGAGCUCAACCUGAUGAAGAAGGCGGCGGCCAUCACCGGCGAGGUCUACUCCAAGUUCUUCAAGGAGCGGGUGAUGGAGAUCGUGGACGCAGACGAGAAAGUGCGUCACAGCAAGCUGGCCGAGUCGGUGGAGAAAGCCAUCGAGGAGAAGAAGUACCUGGGGGGUGCCGAUCCGUCCACGGUGGAGAUGUGCUAUCCUCCCAUCAUCCAGAGCGGCGGCAACUACAGCCUCAAGUUCAGCGUCGUCAGCGACAAGAACCACAUGCACUUCGGAGCCAUCACCUGCGCCAUGGGGAUCCGCUACAAGUCGUACUGCUCCAACCUGGUGCGCACGCUCAUGGUGGACCCCUCGCAGGAGAUGCAGGACAACUACAACUUCCUGCUGCAGGUGGAGGAGGAGCUGCUGAAGGGGCUCAAGCACGGCGUGAAAAUCUGCGAGGCCUACAACGGCGUCAUGGAGUACGUGAAGAAGGAGAAGCCGGAGCUGGUGGCCAAGCUGACAAAGAACCUCGGCUUCGCCAUGGGCAUCGAGUUCAGGGAAGGCUCGCUGGUUCUGAACGCCAAGAACCAGUACAAGCUGAAGAAAGGCAUGGUGCUCAGCGUCAGCCUGGGCCUCGCCGACCUGCUCAAUAAAGACGCCAAGAAAGACGAGCAGAAAUACGCCCUGUUCCUGGGGGACACGGUCCAGAUCAACGAGGAAGAGGCCGCCACGAUCCUCACUCCCGUGAAGAAAAAGAUAAAGAACGUGGCCAUCUUCCUGAAGAACGACGACGAAGAGGACGAGGAGGAAGAGGGCGACGAUGCGGAGGAGCUGCUGGGGAAGGGAGCCCGGAGCGCCGCCCUGCUGGCGGACAGAACCAGGCUAACUGGGAAGAACGAGAUGACUGCCGAGGAGAAGAGGCGCGCUCACCAGAAGGAGCUGGCCAACAACCUGAACGAGGAGGCCAGGCGGCGCCUGACCGAGCAGAAAGGAGAGCAGCACAUCCAGAAGGCCAGAAAAUCAAACGUGUCUUACAAAAACGUGUCUCAGAUGCCCAAAGAAAAGGAAAUCAGGGAAAUGAAGAUUUUCAUCGACAAGAAAUACGAGACGGUCAUCAUGCCCGUCUUCGGCAUCGCCACGCCGUUUCAUAUCGCCACCAUCAAGAACAUUAGCAUGUCUGUAGAGGGAGACUACACCUACCUGAGAAUCAACUUCUACGUUCCUGGAAGCUCCCUGGGACGCCAGGAGGGAAACAUUUUCCCCAACCCUGACGCCACCUUUGUCAAAGAAAUCACGUACCGGGCAUCCAACCUGAAGGCCCCCGGCGACCCGUCGGUGCCCUCCACCAACCUGCAGAACGCCUUCCGCAUCAUCAAGGAGGUCCAGAAGCGCUACAAGACGCGGGAGGCCGAAGAGAAGGAGAAGGAGGGCAUCGUGAAGCAGGACUCUCUGGUCAUCAACCUGAACCGCAGCAACCCCAAACUCAAAGACCUCUACAUCCGGCCCAACAUCGCUCAGAAGAGGAUGCAGGGAUCGCUGGAGGCGCACACCAACGGUUUCCGUUUUACCUCAGUUCGCGGCGAUAAAGUGGACAUCCUUUACAACAACAUCAAACACGCCAUCUUCCAGCCGUGCGACGGGGAGAUGAUCAUCGUUCUGCACUUCCACCUCAAGAACGCCAUCAUGUUCGGCAAGCGGCGCCACACGGACGUGCAGUUCUACACGGAGGUGGGGGAGAUCACCACAGACCUGGGCAAGCACCAGCACAUGCACGACAGGGACGACCUGUACGCCGAGCAGAUGGAGCGCGAGAUGAGGCACAAGCUCAAGUCUGCCUUCAAGAACUUCAUCGAGAAGGUGGAGACGCUGACCAAGGAGGAGCUGGAGUUCGAGGUUCCCUUCAGAGACCUCGGGUUCCAGGGCGCCCCCUACAGGAGCACCUGCUUAUUACAGCCUACGUCCAGUUCUCUCAUCAACGUGACAGAAUGGCCGCCGUUCGUGGUGACUCUGGACGAGGUGGAGCUGGUCCAUUUUGAGCGCGUGCAGUUCCACCUGAAGAACUUCGACGUGGUCAUCGUCUACAAGGACUACAGCAAAAAGGUCACCAUGAUCAACGCCGUGCCUGUGAACUCCCUGGACCCCAUCAAGGAGUGGCUCAACUCGUGUGACAUCAAGUACACGGAAGGAGUCCAGUCUUUGAACUGGACCAAGAUCAUGAAGACCAUCGUCGACGAUCCGGAGGGUUUCUUCGAGCAGGGAGGCUGGUCGUUCUUGGACCCAGAGAGCGAGGGAAGCGGCGCAGAGGAGGAUUCGGAGUCGGAGAUGGAGGACGAAACGUUUAACCCAUCUGCAGAUGAAGAGGAGGAGGAGGAGGAAGACAGCGAUGAAGACUACAGCUCAGAGACGGAGAACUCUGAUUACAGCGCUUCGUUGGGCAGCGAGGAGGAGAGCGGCAAAGACUGGGACGAGCUGGAGGAGGAAGCCAGGAAAGCUGACAAAGAGAGUACCUAUGAAGACGAGGACACAUCCAACAGGAAGAGGAAGGUUCGCUCUUCGGCCCCUCCCAGUAAAAAGAAGCGGCGGUCCUAAACUCGCUCACACACACACACACACACACACUGCCAAGCCCCGUUUACCCUGCAUCUGUCCCUCUACCCCCCCUCUGACUCUUUUCAAAAUCACACAUUUUCAGACAAACAAUCUGUACAUAGAUGUAGAAGGUCUCCCUUUUUCUUUUUUUCGGGAUCUCUGAAGUUACUCGUGACGACGAAAGAACCAGCAGUCGCACUUCAUCCAGCAGCGUUUCAUCCUGUUCAUUCCUCAGCCAGCUGUCCUUUGGUUGAGUGUGUGUGUGUGUGUGUAUGUGUGUGUUUUAUGGGUUUUUUAUUGCAAGCAUUUUCUGUUUAAAAAAAUAAAAUAAAUAAAAAAUGUUGCUUUCUGUUUAACUUUAAAACUGGUUUCUUAAUAUGAUAAUAAAAGGUGAGCCGUUAUCCCCUUUGCCAAGUGUUUUCUAUAAAAACUGAGUCUGUCUCAUAGAAUAUUUUUUUUCCCCUUUUUGUCUUUAUUCAAACGUGGUAACACGCAGGAUUCAUUUACGUUUCCUGAUUGUCUUUUUCUAUUGGGCUUUGUAAACCUGUGUAGUUAUUAACAGACGGACAGACGCACGCACGCACACACACACACCAUCCUCCUCCUCGCACUUGUCCUGUUUCCCUUUUUGUUGUAUCAGAAUAGAUGUACUGUUGAUUCUGAAAAUCUGUUUUUUGUUUUUGUAAUAAAAUUAAAAUUAACUAUA